AAGCUGGGUGCCAGGGUGGCCCUAGGUGGGAUUGGGGCAGUGCUGGGUUGAGUAGGCCCAGGUUAGUGCCUGGUGAUGAGGGACAGGUGCUGUUUGCUGUGGGGCUGGUACCAAGUCACCUUGGCAAUGCAUCUUCUGCAGACAGCUCCUAAGAAAACCCAGUUUGGCUCCCUGAAAGACGAGGACCGAAUCUUCACGAAUCUCUAUGGACGCCAUGAGUGGAGGCUGAAGGGUGCUCUGAGCCGGGGUGACUGAGUGGAUUGGAUCUUGAACGAGAUCAAGACCUCUGGCCUGCGAGGGCGGGGGGGAGCUGGCUUCCCCACAGGCCUCAAAUGGAGCUUCAUGAACAAGCCUUCAGACGGCAGGCCCAAAUACCUGGUGGUGAACGCAGAUGAAGGGGAGCCAGGCACUUGCAAGGACCGCGAGAUCAUGCGCCAUGACCCGCACAAGCUGGUGGAGGGCUGCCUGGUGGCAGGGCGCUCCAUGGGAGCCCGGGCCGCCUACAUCUACAUCCGUGGGGAGUUCUACAAUGAAGCCUCCAACCUGCAGGUGGCGAUCCGGGAGGCCUACGAGGCUGGCCUGCUGGGCAAAGAUGCCUGCAACUCAGGCUACGACUUUGACGUGUUUGUAGUGAGGGGCGCUGGGGCCUACAUCUGUGGGGAGGAGACGGCGCUGAUCGAAUCCAUUGAGGGCAAGCAGGGCAAGCCACGCCUCAAACCGCCCUUCCCAGCUGACGUUGGUACGACCCACUGGGGAACUGUGCUGUGUGUGGGAGGUUCUCCUUAGCGUGUUUGGCUGCCUACGAUCUGCCGGCGCGGGGGGACCUGGUUUGCCAGCUUCGGGCGUGAGCGCAACUCGGGCACCAAGCUCUUCAACAUUUCUGGGCACGUGAACACGCCCUGCACGGUGGAGGAGGAGAUGUCGGUGCCACUCAAGGAGUUGAUCGAGAAGCACGCGGGAGGCGUGCGUGGUGGCUGGGACAACCUGCUGGCUGUGCUCCCUGGAGGCUCCUCUACCCCCCUCAUCCCAAAGUCGGUGUGUGAGACGGUGCCCAUGGACUUUGAUGGGCUGGUGCAGGCGCAAACCGGGCUCGGCACAGCUGCCGUCAUCGUCAUGGACAAAUCGACAGACCUUGUCCGGGCCAUCGCCCGCCUCAUCGAGUUCUACAAGCACGAGAGCUGCGGGCAGUGCACGCCCUGCCGGGAGGGUGUGGACUGGAUGAACAAGGUGAUGUGGCGGUUCGUGCAAGGCAACGCGCAGGCAGCUGAGAUCGACGCGCUCUGGGAGAUCAGCAAACAGAUCGAGGGCCACACCAUCUGCGCCCUGGGCGAUGGGGCCGCCUGGCCUGUGCAGGGCCUGAUCCGUCACUUCCGCCCAGAGCUGGAGCAGCGGAUGCGGCGCCACGAGGAGGCCCAGGCUCGGCAGGCGUCAGCUUGAGGGCAGGGUGCCCAGAGACAGAGAGAUCGGGAUCUCGCCACACUGUGCGUGGUCAGUGUCCCUCCCCCAUGACAGCGUGCAGGAGGGGCUGCGUAGUUCACGUUCCCUGGGAUCUAACCCCCCAGCAUGGGGUCAGUGCUUGGUGUCCCUGGGCGUUGGGGUCUCUGCCGUGUGCGGGGUGGGUGACUUACUGUGUGUAGAUUGGGGUCUCUCGCAUGAGGAGAGACCCCCUGGCUGAGCUGUCUCCUCACCCCCCCCGCUGGGUGAGCGCCCCAAUAAACAUGCCGUGGUGGCAGCUGGUGUC